GCCGCCACCCGACGCUCCUCACACGACCUGCUCAACUACAGCCCGCCGUACUCUCGAUAGCAAUCCGCGCGCUUGGCGGACCCCCUCGCUGUCGCACCCCGUACAAUGAGCCAAAACCGGCCCUCGGCCUUCAGCAGCCUGAGAAUGGGUGAGGUCAUCCGCGAGAAGGUGCAAGACGGCGUUACCGGCGAGUACAAAGACCUGGCAUAUACACAGUGCAAGAUUGUAGGCAAUGGCUCGUUUGGCGUUGUCUUCCAGACGAAGCUGUCGCCUAGCGGCGAGGAUGCUGCCAUCAAGCGCGUCCUCCAAGACAAGCGCUUCAAGAACCGCGAGCUCCAAAUUAUGCGCAUAGUCCGACACCCCAACAUCGUCGAGCUCAAGGCUUUCUUCUAUAACAAUGGCGAGCGCCCACAGAAGGACGAAGUGUACCUCAAUCUUGUACUCGAAUACGUGCCUGAGACCGUGUACCGGGCGUCACGCUACUUCAACAAGAUGAAGACGGUCAUGCCCAUCCUCGAGGUCAAGCUCUACAUCUACCAGCUCUUCCGCUCCCUCGCCUACAUCCACUCACAAGGCAUCUGCCACAGGGACAUCAAGCCCCAGAACCUCCUCCUGGAUCCGGCAACUGGCGUUCUGAAGCUGUGCGAUUUCGGGAGCGCCAAGAUCCUGGUGGAGAACGAGCCCAACGUUUCGUAUAUCUGCUCCAGGUACUACCGGGCGCCGGAGCUGAUCUUUGGGGCUACGAACUACACCACCAAGAUUGAUGUCUGGUCCACCGGCUGUGUAAUGGCCGAGCUCAUGCUCGGACAACCGCUGUUCCCCGGUGAGUCGGGCAUUGAUCAGUUGGUUGAAAUCAUCAAGGUCCUGGGAACACCGACGCGGGACCAGAUCCGCACGAUGAACCCCAACUACAUGGAGCACAAGUUCCCUCAGAUCAAGCCUCAUCCGUUCAACAAGGUCUUCAGAAAAGCCGACCCGAAUGCGAUCGAUCUGAUCUCGAAGCUGCUGGAGUACACACCCACGCAGCGACUGUCCGCCGUCGAUGCCAUGGUGCAGCCCUUCUUCGAUGAGUUGAGGGAUCCAAGCACGCGCCUUCCGGAUUCGCGUCACCCGAACGGAGCGACGCGAGAUCUGCCUGAUCUUUUCAACUUCACGCUUCACGAACUCUCCAUCGCACCUCACCUGAACCAGCAACUUGUGCCGCCACAUGUACGUUCGAGACUGGCUGCCCAGGGCCUCGACUUCGAGUCGCCGAACUUCAAGCCUUUAACCAAGGACCAAAUGAUUGCGAGGCUGGAUUAAGGCCUCGAUUUCUGCAUGCGUUACGAUAUCAUGUUUAUCACGCGGCGUGGCAUUUGCUCCUCUCCGCUUACG